CCGCAAGUGAUGCAUAUAAACCAGAGGAUUUACCAGUAAAUCGAAAAAGGAGAGAGAAAAGGAGUUGGAAAAGCGUAUUGCUCCACAUUUGCAGUACCACUUCACCAUUCCAGAAUACCCACUCACACUGCCCAGAAUCUUCAAAAUCCCAAUAAUUUUAGCCCUAAAUUUCUCACUCUCUCUCCUCUAUGUGAUUCCGCAUCUGCUAAAAAAAUGCGAACAUUCCUAAUUUAUCUUACUAUAAUAACCAUCUUCCUUCCUCAUUUUCCACCUGCUACUGCUGCUGUUUCUACUCCUGCUGGUCCAUUGAUUAAACACCUCUCUUCAUUGUUUAAAUGGUCCAAGAAUUCUCCUAAAUCUUCCCAAUCAGAUGGACCAGUAGUUCAGUUUGAGAAAGGGUAUUUAGUUGAGACAGUUGUGGAAGGGAAUGCACUUGGAGUUCUACCCUACUCAAUUAGGGUAUCCGAGGAUGGAGAGCUCUUUGCUGUUGAUUCUGAGGCUAGCAACAUUGUUCGAAUCACACCUCCACUUUCACAAUAUAGUAGAGCAAGGCUAGUGGCAGGAUCAUUUCAGGGUAAAGCAGGGCAUGUAGAUGGAAAACCAAAUGAUGCUCGUUUUAAUCAUCCGAAAGGGGUGGCCAUGGAUGACAAAGGAAAUGUGUAUAUUGCUGACACGGAAAAUCUUGCUAUUCGAAAGGUCGGAGAAGGGGGAGUGACCACAAUAGCUGGAGGGAAGUCAAAUGUUGCUGGGUACACAGAUGGGCCAAGUGAGGACGCAAAGUUCUCCACAGAUUUUGACGUGUUGUACGUUCCAUCAACCUGCUCUUUGUUAGUUGUUGACAGAGGAAAUGCAGCACUUCGGCAAAUCUCUCUCAAUCAAGAAGACUGUGAUACUUAUUACAGUUCCAUUUCAGUGUCAGAUAUUGUCAUGGUCAUUGGUGCUGUCUUUGUUGGAUACGCCUCAUGCUUGCUUCAUCAGGGAUUUGGACCUGCUUUUUUCUUGAAAUUUCUUCAACCUUCAGCAUCAGAUGUUCCAGAAAAAACAUUCACGGAGAAGCAGAGUUCAAUCCAAGAGAAUGUAAAGGAGGAACAAGUAGCUGGAUGUGGAUGGCCUCCAUUUGGACAGAUGAUAGGUGAUAUUCGGAAGUUAGCCGUUGAGUCGCUGAGUAAUGUUGUACUUCCGUUAAUUCCACCCCGUUUUAGCCCAAGAAAAGGACUGACUCCCUUGAAAGAUGCUCUUAAAAUGCCAGAAGAUGAAGUGAAGCCUCCAUUAUUAGCCCAAAAGCAGAGAACCCCAGCCCCUGUUUCCGAAUCCUGGGAAGCAGAUACUAGUGAAACAAGGACUUUGAAGAUGAGAUCAGCUACUAGUAUGAAGGACACAAGUAAACACAGAUCUUCCAAAAGACACGAGUAUUCUGAAUUUUAUGGUUCAAGUGAAGUCCCUCAUAAAAGUGGGCAGACAAGAUCAAAACCCCAUAAAGAGAGGUCAAAGCAUCGCCACCGAGAUAAGAGCGGAGAAAUAAGUUCUGGUUCUGGGGCUCAUGCGCCUGAGCCUAAACAACCUACUGAAUUUAAAGGGGUAAAUUAUACUGAUCCCAGGUUUAACCCUUACAAUGUCGGGAAUAGAUACAUGCCAGAUGGUUCCUACCGCUAUUAGAUUAGAUUAGAUUAGAUUAGAUUAGAUUAAAUCUUUUAUGGUUAGUGAUGAUUUUCUAUGGCUAUCUUUAGUCUUAGUGUAAGAGUGUCUGAGUGAGGAUUAAAUUUGAGAUGGAAUCAUUUUUUAUGGGUUCUGUUCUGUACUAGCUAGAUGUAAGAACUUCUCUGAUUCGGGUUAUGUAUGUACGGAGUAGGUUAUAUCUGUAUCUGAGUUGUAUUUAUCACUUUCAAGGACAAAUUACGAAACAUACAUCUACUUCCUCCUA